GAUUUUGUCAUGAGUUGCUGACCUUUAGUCAAGCUGGCACCUCUAUGGGGUAAUGCUUUGUGUUAAUUAUUUGCAUGUGGAAAGCAAUGCCGAGACAAAUGGAGGAGGAAUGGAGGGGAAAAAAUAGGGAGAAGAGGUCUAAGAGAGUGAGGGAAGAAGAGGGUGCGCUUGAGUCAGAUAAAAUUGUGGGAAAAAAGGGAGAUGGUUUGUCAAAGAAGAAUGGUAGAAAGUAAGCAGAGGGAGCUGAAGACAGGAGGAGAAAUGAAAGUGAAUGAGGGUGAAGUAUCAGAGGUGGUAAGUGUGGUAAAGUCAUCGAAGACCGAAUGUAUGCACCGAGGAUCAGGAUGAAGAAGAGUCUGUGACAGUAGGAGGGAAGUUUAUGUAAAAAGUGGACCCUUGCAUCUUGGCUGAUCCAUUUGUGGUUUCAUGGUGGGUGAAAAAAUAGUUGGGUCAUGUGGAUUCGGUGAGGGUAAGUUAAUUUAAUUUAAUUAGUGGAGUAGGGGGGUGUUUAUUUUAUUUUAAUAAUUUUGAAAUUAGUGAGUAUAGUGUUAGAUAGUAGGGUAUUUAUUUAGUACAUUUUUCUUUUUCAGUUAAAGUUUAAGGGAGUUGUACUCCAGUCUAGUAGGUGGCAGUAAUACAACAAAUUGGAUGCCAACCGCCGUUAAACAUCAUAGAAGAAGAAAGUUGUUGAUCCCCUAGUGACCACUGUCUGUAACUACACGUUGGAACUAGACCCGGAAGCAGCGUGUACACUGCUGAAACCAAGGAGACGGCAUGGCGGAAUACACAGAUCACGACGGUGGGGCAGGGGACGAUGUGCCCGAUCUCUCAGACAGUGAUGAUAAUGAGGAACAGUGGCAGUGGAUGGAGGCCAAUGACAACAACGUUCAAGUUACUUGCUUAUUCUGUGACAAGAUGUCAAAUUCUGGACCAGAAACACUACAACACUGCCUAGUGGAGCAUCAAGUCGACCUUGUAGAAGUGGUUAAGAAACACAAAUUAGAUGACUAUGGCUACAUCAAGAUGAUAAACUACAUACGAACAGAGAAGUGCAGUGGGCAGAGCUUGUCUACGCUGCCUGAGUGUUCUAUUCCCUGGGAGAGUGAUGAGUACAUGAGGCCAGCUUUACAGGAUGACCCCUUACUGCAGAUAGAUCUGGAAGAACUGUGUGAGGGGAAGGGGAUUUUGGCUGGUCCCUCUACUGGGGGCCAGUGUGAAGCCAGCCGCUCCUCUGAUGCUCUUCUGCAGAGGGCCCUGGCUGCAGAGGAGAGGGCCCAGCGCACAGAGGAGGCCCUGGCCAGAGCCAUGGACGACCUACACAAACUCAAGUUGCUGGCCCAGGGUCUAGUAUUGAAUGCGGAUGUGGGUCGGGGCACCGGGUCCUUGGGCGCCGUGGCUGAGCUCCGGGAGGACGAGGACGAGGCCUACUUCAGCUCAUAUGGCCACUACAGCAUCCAUGAGGAGAUGCUUAAGGAUAAAGUGCGCACAGAAAGCUACAGGGACUUCAUGUACCUCAACCCGGAAGUGUUCAAGGACAAGGUGGUGCUAGAUGUGGGCUGUGGGACGGGCAUCCUUUCUAUGUUCGCCGCCAGAGCGGGAGCCAAGAUGGUCAUUGGGGUGGACCAAUCAGAAAUCAUCUACCAGGCCAUGGACAUUGUCAGGUCGAACCAGCUGCAGGACAGGGUCACUCUGAUAAAGGGCAGGAUAGAGGAAGUCAAACUGCCCGUUGAGAAGGUGGACAUCAUCAUCUCAGAAUGGAUGGGUUACUUCCUGCUGUUUGAGUCAAUGCUGGAUUCGGUUCUCUAUGCCAGAGACCUCUACCUGGCCGAGGGGGGCUCAGUCUACCCUGAUCGUUGCACCAUCAGCCUGGCGGCAGUGGGCGACACGGAGAAGCACCAGGACCGCAUUGCAUUCUGGGAUGACGUAUACGGGUUCAAGAUGGCGUGCAUGAAGAGGGCCGUGGUGCCAGAGGCCGUGGUGCAGGUCCUCAAACCAGACACACUCAUCUCUCAACCUGCAGUCAUACAGGGGAUCGAUUGUAACGCAGUGUCUCUCUCUGAGCUGGAGUUUGCAUCAGACUUCUGCCUAAAGAUAACAGACAGCACGGACUGCACGGCCAUCGUGGGCUACUUUGACAUUUUCUUCGACAGAGACUGCGGCAACAAGGUGAUGUUCUCCACGGGACCACAGGUCACCAAGACGCAUUGGAAGCAGACAGUAUUCCUGCUAGAAAAUCCCAUCCCUGUACAAGCAGGGGAGGAGCUUCAGGGACGGAUCACCAUACGCAAAAACAAAAAGGACCCCCGCUCGCUGUUCAUCACCUUUGACCUCCAUGACAUGAAGCAGACCUACAGCCUGCAGUGAGUUCACUGAUCACAUGACUACGAUCAUCAAUAGUGUGGCUGAACUGAAAUAUUCCCCAGACUUUGCCAAAACAAUUAGUAUUAUUAUGGUUGUUAUUAUGAAAUGUUUAACUCUUAUGGAAUCAGAAACAGCUUAUCUUCAUAUGGAGCAGUAAAUGUAGAUAAUAUAGGGAUUCGUUUAAAAAAAAAAUGAAAGUUAGACUGACAGAGUGGUGAGACAGGGAGAGUAUGAAGUGUGCUUGAACAACAAGCUGUGGAGUUCACUGCAUUUUUAAUGCCAUACCUGUUAAUAAACACAUUCCCUCAUACAGAA